AUGUCCUUCAACUUCGGCCCGCCCGCUUCGUCGUCAGGAAGUGCCUUUUCUCUGAACACUACCUCAGGCGCUCCUGCAAGCACUGGAUUCAGCUUUGGCAAUGCCGCUGCUCCUGCUGCUGGCGCUGGUCAAACACAAAGCCCUUUCGGCGCACCAUCUCCUUCUACACAAACUCCCACUACCUCCGGUUUCAGCUUUGGUCAGAAGCCUGCCGCGUCUGGAAGCAACCCUACAACCCCAGGUGUCGCUUCAACGGGUAACCCCUUCGGUGGUGCUGCUGCUGCUGCUUCAACUGGCGCCUUCUCACUGGGAAACAACUCAACCACUCCCGCUGCCACAAACAAGCCCAUGUUCUCCACUACACCUGCUGGUCCUCCCCUACUCAAUCAACCGGCGGAAUCUUUGGUAGCAAGCCUCUAUCUUUCGGUCAGCCUGAGCAAAAGGCAGCAGAGGCUCCCAAGUCUACCUUUGGGGCCCCUCUAG